CCUUCAUUGUCAAAGGAAAAAAAAAGUUCAAGAAAUAAAAUAAAAUAAAACUGAAAUCUUUAAUGGUUCAAACCGGUCGCAACCAUGGUCAAGUCCUACUUAAAGUACGAGUACUCAAAAUCGUUUGGUCUCGUUACAUCCAGUACCUCAAAUAUCCUUUGGACCCAGCAGAAUCUCUCGAGUACCGGUGCCGGCCAAGCCAUUGUCGCAGCGAAUGAAGAGCUUCUAUGUUGGGAUAUCAAGACCGGAGAUAUAGUUGAACGGUGGAGAGAUGAGAAAUCUUCUGCACAGGUGACUGCCAUCGCCCAGAGCAAAAUCAACGAGGAUCUGUUCGCUGCUGGUUACGAAGAUGGUAGCAUUCGAUUAUGGCGGAGCAAGGACCCGAGUCCCUUCAUCACUUUCAAUGGGCAUCGCUCGGCAAUCACCACCCUGACCUUCGACCGAUCUGGUGUCCGACUUGCGAGUGGUUCGAGAGAUACUAAUGUGAUUGUAUGGGAUCUUGUCGCAGAAGUCGGCCAAUUCAAACUUCGCGGCCAUAAAGAUCAAAUUACCGGCCUACAAUUCGUGGAGCCGCAAGAAGAGGUCGUUGAAGGGGAUGAUUCUGAAGCUAUGGUUCUCGAAAAUACCGGCGACUCUUCUUCCGAAGGCUUCCUACUCACCACUGGAAAGGAUGCACUGAUUAAACUCUGGGAUCUGGGGUCGAGGCACUGCAUCGAAACCCAUAUAGCACAGACAAAUGGCGAAUGUUGGGCAUUAGGGCUCUCUCCAGAUUAUAGUGGGUGCAUAACAGCAGGAAAUGCUGGCGAGCUCAAGGUCUGGGCUCUUGAUGCUGCUGCGCUAGCCGCGUCGAGACAACAGGUCGAUAUGUCUGCCAACAUACAGUAUUUACGAGACCGAGGGACCCUAUUCCGACACGGAAAGGACAAAGCUACCGAAGUUGUCUUCCACGGUCGUCGAGACUAUUUCGCCGUACACGGAUCGGAAAAGUCUGUCGAGAUAUGGAGGAUACGUAAUGAAGCUGAGAUCAAGAAGAGCUUGGCGAGAAAGAGGAAGAGGAGACGGGAGAAGCUUGCCCAGAAGAAGGAGAGUAGUGACAUGCAGGUUGAUGGAGAGGAAGAUCAAGAGGAAGACAUUAGCAAAGCCGAUAUAACUGAUGCUUUCGCCCAGCACGUGAUUAUUCGAACUGGUGGAAAGGUAAGGUCAGUCGACUGGGCUGAGACCCACGGCAAGAAGAAGAUUCAACUAUUGGUCGGCACGACAAAUAACCAGCUGGAGCUAUACAACAUGCCCCUGAAAGAGAAGAGCGGGAAGUCAAAGCAACAAGACGUUCCCGACUACGAGAGAGCACUGUCGAUCGAAAUGCCUGGCCACCGAGCGGAUAUCCGAUCGCUCUCCCUGAGCUCCGACGACAGGUGGCUUGCUUCAGCAUCUAACGGAAGCCUCAAGAUCUGGUCUAUGUUGACACAGAAGUGUGGCAAAACAUUGGAGUGUGGGUAUGCCUUGUGUUGUGCAUUCUUACCCGGAGACAAGCUCGUCGUUAUUGGUACCAAAACCGGCGAGAUUGAGUUAUUCGAGGUGGCAACAGGGACUCUGUUGGAUAGUGUUACGGCUCAUGAGGGGGCGAUUUGGUCUUUGCAGAUACACCCGGAUGGUAGAUCCAUUGUGUCUGGAAGUGCCGACAAGUCGGCCAAAUUCUGGAAAGUCCAGGUUAUUCAAGAAGAGGUUCUUGGGACUACCCGAACCGCUUCGCGCUUAAAGCUGUCACAUUCACGAACCUUGAAGGUCUCGGAUGAUAUUUUGAGUCUCAAGUUUUCUCCCGACGCCAAACUCAUUGCCGUUGCCUUGCUGGAUAGUACAGUGAAGGUGUUCUUCGUGGAUUCCUUAAAGUUGUAUCUGAAUCUCUACGGCCAUAAACUACCAGUAUUGGACAUGGACAUCUCGUACGACAGCAAGUUGAUCGUUACCUGCUCAGCGGACAAGAACAUCAGGAUAUGGGGGUUGGACUUUGGUGAUUGCCAUAAAGCGCUGCUGGCGCAUCAGGACAGUAUUUUACAAGUCAAAUUCGUCCCGAAUAAUCGUGAAGGAAACGGCCAUCACUUCUUCAGCGCAAGCAAAGAUCGAACAAUCAAAUACUGGGAUGGUGACAAGUUCGAGCAAAUACAACGACUCGAUGGUCACCACGGGGAGAUAUGGGCACUGGCAAUCAGCCAAAGCACCGAGCCCCCGUUUAUUGUCAGCGCUAGCCACGACAAGAGCAUCCGAACCUGGAAUGAGACAGAUGAGCAGAUCUUUUUGGAGGAAGAAAGGGAAAAAGAGAUCGAGGAGUUAUACGAGAGCACAUUGACGCACUCCCUCGAGCAAGAUCUCGACGGGGAAGACGAAAAGGGAGAAGUAGGGACGGCAACGAAACAAACGUCAGAAACGUUAAAUCACGGUGAACGGAUAGCAGAGGCGCUGGAACUCGGCAUGGCCGACUUGCACGUAAUGCAGGAAUGGGAAGAGGCCAAGGCAGCCAACCCGAACGUGGCACCGCCUCAGCGGAACUUGAUGUUCAUGGCCCAUGGCGGUAUUAGCGCCGAGGAAUACGUUAUGAAGGUGCUCCAAAAACCGGCAGCGUCAGCACUGAAUGAUGCAUUACUCGUUCUGCCAUUCGCUUCGGUCCCUAUGCUCUUCACGUUCCUCAACUUGUUUGCGAUGCGAUCAAUGAACAUCCCCCUGACUUGCAGAGUCUUGUUCUUCAUGCUCAAGACUCACCAUCGGCAGAUAGUGGGUAGCAGAACGAUGCGGGUUAUGUUGGACGGAAUCAGAUCAAACUUGCGGAAAUCUCUGCAGAGGCAGAAAGACGAGAUGGGAUACAACAUAGCGGCGCUCAAGAUAGCAGGGAUGCAGAUUCAGGAUAAGGGAAUCAAGGAAUAUGUGGAUGAGAAUUGGGAUGAUGGUACAGAUGCCCAGAAGGUUAAGAAACGAGCCUUUGUGCACGUUGCUUAAAUAGUUAACUAUACCUAUUUGAUGUACUUUUAUAGGCUUAAGGUCAUUUAACUGCAUAUUGAUGUACCUGGGAUAGGUGUUUCGAUGGUAAAUAGAAAAAAGCAAGCAGAUUAUAUAUCAAUGUUAUUUCUAA